UACAUCGUGUAUGCUUUCACCACUCUGACCAACAGCUUCCUGUGGAAUCGCCAGCAGUCCAGCGAGAGCUCCCCCUAUGUGUGUGAGGUCAGCAGGCUUCAGUCCUUCCAAGUGCAUCAGGCUCAGAGAGACUUCUCCUAUGGGACUAUUUACCAGGACCCGCUCAUCGUUCCCAGAGGCCCCCGCUUCACUGUGCUCCCCGAGCCUGUCGUAGUUGUUGGCCAGAAGGACGCCAUCUACCUCGAGUGUGUGGCAGACAGUAAUCCUCCCUCCACCUACACCUGGUACAGGCAGACGCCGACAGGGGUGACGAAAGUUACAACGGAAACAGAUGACCGCUACAGUCUGACCAAUGGCCGCUUCUCCUUCCAGGAUCCUCAAGAAUCGAAGGACGCGGGUCUAUACUUCUGUGUUGCCGAAAACACCUUCGGCUCCAUCAAAACAUCUGCAGUACGCGUCUCGUUUGGCUACAUAGGAGAUUUCUCCAACGACCAGCCAGGUGCCGUGCGGGCAAACCUCUAUCAAGGAACCGUCAUCAGCUGUAACCUACCCCGCUACAACCCAGCUGCAAGUGUCCAGUGGUUCAAAGGUCCUGGUGUAAACUUUGUCCGGCCUGAGAUGAACACAUACCAGUUCAUUUCCCGCAACGGCCGCCUGUACUUCUCCGAGACACAGUUGUCUGACGCUGGCAUGUACCACUGCGUCAUCACGCUCACCGCACCCUUAGGUCAGAGCAUCGCCACCCUGCAGCCACCCAGCAAGACCAGUCUGGGUAUCGAGCUCAUCAUUCGAGGGGACACUGCUACAGAUUUCGGCCCCACCAUCCACAACGACUUUCCCGCAGUUUUCCCGACUCCUGCCCUCCGAGGAGAAGAGGUUCGCAUAGAAUGCUUCGCCUAUGGCAGGAUGCCCCUAUACUAUACAUGGAGCAGAAGCAACGGGCCUAUUCCAGCAAAGGUGCAAUAUUUAGACGAAGGUCGAACACUACUCAUUCCGAACGCACAACUGGAGGACUCGGGUAACUACACGUGCCGCGUGCAGCAAGGCUCGCGCUCAUUCGAAAAUAAAACCAUUGCCCUGGUGGUAGAAGCCGCUCCCUUCUUCAUGUUCCCUUUGCGCGACCAGCACGUGGACAUCAACGGCGAAGUCACGCUCCGCUGCUACGCCGGGGGUGUGCCCCGCCCCGUGUACUCGUGGUUCAAGAACACGCAGCCGCUGACCUCUGAACCGGGCGACGUGGAGAUCACUGCCAACGUGGUGACCAUAAAGAAAGCGGACCCGCUACGUCAUAACGGCAUGUACGCAUGUCAGGUGACCAACCUGUACGGGACGCGAGUGUCGACGGCUCAGAUACGAGUUCUCGCGUUUGCCCCAAACUUCAGCAAAAGACCAGUGGACGACUCUCAGAUGGCGACUAUAAGUGGUAACACCACCAUCAUCUGCCAGCCAGAAGCUUCACCUGCGCCGGAAAUCACGUGGUCCCACAACGGCAGUCCCUUGAACUUAGUCCGUGGUGCUGAAAGCCGGGUGAUGAUGCUUGACAACGGGAAUCUGAUGAUAACUCAGGUGCAGCUGUCCGACCAGGGCCAGUACACCUGCACUGCAAAGAACAGCGAGGGGGAAGCCUCCAGCACAGGCAUCCUCACAGUUGUAUCACGGGCAACGAUCACGAUACCCCCGCGUGACACGGCAGUUGAGGUCAACAGUACAGCCUUCCUGCAAUGUCAGGCGUCCUACAAUGAGCGGUUUGUCGACCUGGUAUACUCCUGGUCCUUUAACGGCUUCGACAUUGACGUUGACAACGAUCCUACCUUCGAAAAGUCCCCGAAGGCGAGCAGCCUGGCCUGUACAUCAUCAACACCCAGUUCGAGCACGACGGCGUGUACAAGUGCACGGCGCUCACUGUGGAUGACACCGUCACAGCCUCCGCCUACCUCACAGUUCAAGGCCCUCCAAGCGAAGCUGCUGGUCUCUUCGGGGAAGUAACGGGAGACUACUCUGUCAUCCUAUCUUGGACAGCGGGAGACAGCCACGGGGCGGAAAUUCUUUUCUUCAACAUCGAGUAUCAAACAAACUUUAACCCAAUAUGGCGCUAUAAAUAUACACAACUGCGCAGCGCAGACGUUGCCGACAAAGAAUACCCAGAUAAGCGCACGAUGGAAAUUACUGACCUUUCACCUGGCUCAUCCUACUCCUUCCGGGUCUCCGCAGUCAAUCGCUUUGGCACUGGUUUGCCAAGUCAGCCGU